CUCUUGGACAGAUCUUCUUUGUAUUGCUGGAGAGAUCCGAUUAGUAUUUUGGUCAAAAGUCAUGGAAUGUUCCAGGUUACUCCAGAUCCUGCCACACGAUGGCGUACUCAGCGACCCAGAGUUUUUUUCAGCAGCUGAGGGACAUGGCUGGCAGGCUGUCCUCUGGUUCCAAGGGAGCGGGAAUAGGCCUCAAGUUACUACUGGGUGCUGGUGCAUUGGCUUAUGGAGUGAAAGAAGCCACAUACACAGUUGAAGGUGGGCAGCGAGCUAUUAUUUUUAACAGAAUAGGAGGGAUGCAGGACACAGUUCUUUCAGAAGGGCUGCACAUCAGGAUACCAUGGAUUCAGUACCCUGUCAUUUAUGACAUCAGAGCCAAGCCAAGAAAGGUCUCUUCCCUCACUGGAUCCAAAGAUCUCCAGAUGGUGAACAUAGCCCUUCGUGUCCUGUCCAGACCCGAGGCCUCAAAGCUCCCAUUCCUCUACCAGCGCUUGGGCAAGGACUACGAUGAGCGAGUCCUGCCCUCCAUUGUCAAUGAAGUUCUGAAGAGUGUGGUAGCCAAGUUUAAUGCAUCCCAGCUCAUCACACAGAGAGCGCAGGUGUCCUUGCUGAUUCGCCGUGAGUUGUUUGAGAGGGCCAAGGACUUCAACAUAAUCCUUGACGAUGUGGCCAUCACAGAGCUGAGCUUUAGCAGGGAGUACACUGCAGCUGUGGAGUCUAAGCAAGUCGCCCAGCAGGAGGCCCAGAGGGCUCAGUUCUAUGUGGAGAAGGCUAAGCAGGAUCAGAGACAGAAAAUCAUCCAGGCUGAAGGAGAGGCUGAAGCCGCUAAAAUGCUUGGAGAAGCUGUCACUAAGAAUCCUGGCUAUCUGAAGCUGAGAAGAAUCCGAGCCGCUCAGGCUAUUGCAAAGACUGUGGCUGCAUCACAGAACAGAGUUUACCUGAACGCAGACAAUCUGGUCUUGAAUCUCCAGGACGAGUCCUUUAACAAUUUAACGCUGAAUACUAUUCAGGGAAAGAAGUAGCUUCAAAAGCACCUUGCAUUCCAUGUUGUUCUGAGACAUCCUUGAAGAACCCAGUAAAUCUUGAUGACAAACGAGUGUGUGCUGUCUCAUUGUCAUGUUGCAUAUUUAUUGUUGUGUUAUAAGCCUGGUUCUGUUUGUUUUUGUAGAAUGAACUACAGAAAAAAGUGAAACCCCCAAUCAUGUUAGUUUACAUUAAUUUAAUACUCAAAUGCCUGUACUGGUUACUCCCAUAGUUCAGCAUUCUGGGUACUCUUCUGUUAAAAAAAGCAGGCCUGAUUUUCAGUUAGUUUCAAUUCCCCUAACUUGAUUACUUAAUAAUAUACGUGCAAGUGCUUCUAUAAACUUGUAGGUUAUAUUUGACCUUUUAACAUUUUACACAAAACCCACAGGCAUAUAAUGGACUAUUUUAAAACUGUAUGGGUCACUACAUCUUUACAUUGCAUUUUAAAACCUGAUUUUGUUUUGAAUUAGAAUCUGGGUUGUAUGUACAGCGCGUAUAAAUUCACUCAGACACAUUUUCAAAGCAACAUGCAACUAAUGGACUUUAUUAUUAGUUUUUUUUUUUUUUUUCCCCUACAGCAACGUGCCGUGUUAAUUCUAUUGAUCCUGGAAACACCAGGACAAAAAAUAAAAAUGGAUUUGAUUCAAAUUGGGUUUAGUGUGUCUAACUCCUGUUGUACAUUUUAUGUUGUGUAUCAUUUUGUAUGUAGUCUUGACAUAUAUUAAAGCAUAUAGAAUUAUA